CCGCAACCAUCAGGAAGGUGGUACAGGAGCCUCAGGACCCACACCACCAGGUUCAGGAACAGUUAUUAUCCCUCAACCAUCAGGAAGGAGGUACAGGAGCCUCAGGACCCACACCACCAGGUUCAGGAACAGUUAUUACCCCUCAACCAUCAGGAAGGAGGUACAGGAGCCUCAGGACCCACACCACCAGGUUCAGGGACAGUUAUUACCCCUCAACCAUCAGGAAGGAGGUACAGGAGCCUCAGGUCCCACACCACCAGUUAUUACCCCCUCAACCAUCAGGAAGGAGGUACAGGAGCCUCAGGACUCACACCACCAGGUUAUUACCCCUCAACCAUCAGGAAGGAGGUACAGGAGCCUCAGGACCCACACCACCAGAUUCAGGAACAGUUAUUAUCCCCUCAACCAUCAGGAAGGAGGUACAGGAGCCUCAGGACCCACACCACCAGGUUCAGAAACAGUUAUUACUCCUCAACGAUCAGGAAGGAGGUACAGGAGCCUCAGGACCCACACCACCAGGUUCAGGAACAGUUAUUACCCCUCAACCAUCAGGAAGGAGGUACAGGAGCCUCAGGUCCCACACCACCAGGUUCAGGAACAGUUAUUACCCCUCAACCAUCAGGAAGGAGGUACAGGAGCCUCAGGACUCACACCACCAGGUAUUACCCCCUCAAUCAUCAGGAAGGAGGUACAGGAGCCUCAGGACCCACACCACCAGGUUAUUACUCCUCAACGAUCAGGAAGGAGGUACAGGAGCCUCAGGACCCACACCACCAGGUUCAGGGACAGUUAUUACCCCUCAACCAUCAGGAAGGAGGUACAGGAGCCUCAGGUCCCACACCACCAGGUAUUACCCCCUCAACCAUCAGCAAGAAGGUACAGGAGCCUCAGGACCCACACCACCAGAUUCAGGAACAGUUAUUACCCCCUCAACCAUCAGGAAGGAGGUACAGGAGCCUCAGGACUCACACCACCAGGUUCAGGAACAGUUAUAACCCCCUCAACCAUCAGGAAGGAGGUACAGGAGCCUCAGGACCCACACCACCAGGUUAUUACCCCUCAGCCAUCAGGAAGGAGGUACAGGAGCCUCAGGACCCACACCACCAGUUAUUACCCCUCAACCAUCAGGAAGGAGGUACAGGAGCCUCAGGUCCCACACCACCAGGUUCAGGAACAGUUAUUACCCCUCAACCAUCAGGAAGGAGGUACAGGAGCCUCAGGACUCACACCACCAGGUAUUACCCCCUCAAUCAUCAGGAAGGAGGUACAGGAGCCUCAGGACCCACACCACCAGUUAUAACCCCCUCGACCAUCAGGAAGGAGGUACAGGAGCCUCAGGACCCACACCACCAGAUUCAGGAACAGUUAUUACGCCCUCAACCAUCAGGAAGGAGGUACAGGAGCCUCAGGGCUCACACCACCAGGUUCAGGAACAGGUAUUACCCCCUCAAUCAUCAGGAAGGAGGUACAGGAGCCUCAGGACCCACACCACCAGGUUCAGGAACAGUUACUGCCCCUCAAUCA